CAAAACAAUUAGUUUUCAGACAAUUAGUAUUUACACCUGUCGCAGGUAUUCGAAAACCGAAAAGAUGGAGAAGUUACUAAUAGUUUUGGUGUUGAUCGUUAGUUUAUUUGGAUCAUGCCUGAGCAUACAGUGUCACCAGUGCGCCAUGGUGGGAGGCGACGACUGCGGGGACUACUACGACGGUGCAGCUAAUAGCGACAACAUUGACGAUUGCGGAGAUAAAGACACCCAUUGUGUCAAAUUCAAGACAAAAGUAUGGAUUGGAGACUCAGGUUACAUCAACGGCCGCUUGAGAGAGUCUGUGAUUGUCACACGUGGGUGCACUAGAGACCCAGGGUACGGUGACGGGUGUGAGGGUACCCAGGCCGCCGGGGGUCUCGUUAUCAAGUGUAGAUGUAGCACGGACGGCUGCAACAGCGCCAACUCCAUGUACAACCUUACGACCUUGACGACUACUGUCUUACUGUCCGUGGCGGUAGCUGCUUUCAACAAGAGAUAGCUAGAGACAUCACCGUUUCAUCAUGUCCAUAUAACGUCGUCGAUUUUAUGCAACGUGAUGAAAAAGACUCAUACGAAAAUACAAUGUGUGCCCAAUACCAAUCGCCUCCACUGGGAACAAUAACUGAAAACACCACUUGCCAAAAUUAGUGUGUUUGAAAUUAAAUUGUUUUUACAUAAACACUUACAGCCCCUUUGAUUUCAUUUUAGACCGAUGAAUUGCUUACUAACACAAAUAUAAUAAUUGCAACAAAACCAAAUUUUGCACAGUCGCAUGAAAUCGACAGACCAACUCUGUUGAUUUGUCUCAUAUUUUUGGACACCCGAAUAAAAAAGUUGUCCAACGAACGAUCAAUAUUUUGUUGUCACUUUUCGCUAUUUGUUUGGCCAGGGGGGACCCCUUGCUGGUAGAACAGCCAUGUAAUCAACAAGCGUGUGUAGUGAAAUUGACAUUUCACAUGUGCAACUCGCACACCUUGCUGUUCUACUAGCAAGUGGUUCCCCCUCCUACAAAA